GCAAAGUUGGCUUGACACGCAGUCAGAAAACGUCGAACGGCCGCAGCAAACGCGUAUCCUUCGAGAGUGCUGGUGCGUUGCAGAGAAUCAGUGCAAACAAAGUUCCCCCUUUCGUGCCGUGAUUUUGCUCUUUCUCGAUCGGAAAAUCCAGAACUGCGGAAACGACGACGAAGUGUUGACCAUUUCCCCGGGAAGAUCGCGACGGUACGAUUCUUCUCCGUGACUGACUGACGACUACUGGUGCCCCGAGAAGCGACAGUGUUGAUUGACGAGAAUGGCCGAUGUGGUGGAGAAAAUCGUCCAGCAGGUGCAGGAGAAUCUCACCGAAAGCGCCAACGCGGCAGCCACCAAUGGGACGACCGGUAAGGUGCCCUCCACACCGGAGGGAAUGGCCCUGGCAUACGGAACGCUUGUCGUGAUGGCCAUGCUGCCCAUCUUCUUCGGUUCGAUCCGGUCCGUCAAGCACCAUAAAGAACAGACGUCUACCUUCCUAAAAACGGGGGAAAAGCCUGACACGAUGACCUCGAAGGACGCGAUGAUGUUCCCGAUUAUGGCUUCCUGUGCCCUGUUCGGAUUGUACAUGUUCUUCAAGAUCUUCUCCAAGGACAACAUCAACUUCCUGCUGACCGGAUAUUUCUUCUUCCUCGGUGUGAUGGCUCUGGCCCACCUCCUAAGUCCGGUGAUUGGCUCUCUGAUUCCGGCUUCGAUCCCGAAGAUUCCGUACCACUUGUCCUUCAGCCAGGGACCGACGGAAGGUGUCAAGGACGACAAGAAGUCCUACCUGAUCGAUUACAAGUUCACGACACACGACAUCGUUUGCUUCAUCAUUUCGCUGAUCAUCGGCGUGUGGUAUCUGCUGAAGAAGCACUGGAUCGCCAACAACCUGCUGGGACUGGCCUUCGCCGUGAACGGAGUGGAACUGCUUCAUCUGAACAACAUCGUGACUGGCUGCAUCCUGCUCAGUGGAUUGUUCGUGUACGAUAUUUUCUGGGUGUUCGGAACGAACGUGAUGGUUACCGUGGCCAAGUCGUUCGAGGCUCCGAUCAAGCUGGUCUUCCCUCAGGAUAUCAUCACCAACGGACUGGCCGCCUCGAACUUUGCCGUCCUGGGACUGGGAGACAUCGUCAUUCCGGGAAUUUUCAUCGCCCUGCUGCUGCGGUUCGACAACAGUCUCAAGCGAAAGAGCAAUCUGUACUUCUACGCCACAUUCACGGCGUACUUCUUCGGAUUGUUGGCCACGAUCUUCGUGAUGCACGUGUUCAAGCAUGCCCAGCCGGCGCUGCUCUAUCUGGUACCGGCUUGCUUGGGAACGCCUCUGCUGUUGGCGCUGCUGAAGGGAGACAUCAAGAAGCUGUUCGCUUACGAAGACCACCCGGAGGAGAAACCAAAGGACGCCAAGAAAUCGGACAAGUCUUCCGGCGAUGAAAACUCCAGCAAGACGAAAAAGGAAACCAAGAAGAAGGAGUCGAAAAAAACUAAAAAUCAACAGACCCAAUCAAGUCUGAUAACAAAGCGAUGAAAUCAAAAGCAAGAUACACAACCUACAUCCUACUUUCCGGUUUUGAACUGAGUGAGCAUUCGAGUGAGUAUCACUAUCUGAUCAUGUUUGUGAUGAUCGCUCUUUUAGCUACCGACAAAUAGGUAAAGAGAAAGAAAAGCAGAAAAAUACAAAACCCAGAUGGAACUGCCGUUUCGUCAGCACAACUUACUACACUACUUGCAGAUUCGUUUAUACCUAGAUCUUGUUAUUUCUUUAUUUUCACAGUCAGACAAAAACAAAAAAAGUAGUUCAAAAACUGACUUCCUAACGAUAGAAAGCAGAAAACAUAAGAACAAGAGUACUAUUGCUAAGCAUGCUUGUUUUGCUUACGGAUUUUUUUUUGUUUUAAGUUUUAUCGACUGAAAUUGUAUUAGUGCGAUGUGAGCGACUUUGUCGCUUUUGAAAUAAUAAAAAAAAAACAAUUAUGGGGAAAACUAGUUACUUUCCUACCGGCCGGGCGUGAUUUAGCAAAAUAUUGUAGAAGCAACUAUUGCUUGGGGGAAACAUUAUGGCCCGAAAUAAAUGGGAAAGGAUGAUAAUAAAUAAUGGAAUAUUUAUAGAAUUCAGUUGGACAAACAUCGGCGCAGAUACAGUUUAUUGUCAGAAAAAAAAUACAUUGAAUGAAGUAACUUUACCUUGAUAUGAUAA